AGUGAAUCCUACAGUGAGAUCCCCGUUCCAAGAACGAUUGAAAGCUCCUCUGAAAGUCCUCGUCUCUAGUCCUCGUUCCAUACACGUCUCAUUUCUACCCCAUUUUGUUCGGAAUUCCCUGUUGAACUCAAAACAAGCCUUACAUCUCACUCAAUAUUCUACACCGUCUUGUUACUAGCCACUCAUGAUUUUGGGUCAAUUAUCUGCUUCGGUAUUCAUUGACAACCAGCCACUGCUGGAAUAUCAAGAAGACGAGCCCGAAGUGCAGCCUGAGGGAGAGAAUAUAAAGACGUGUUGGAUUGCCUCAGAAGCGGGCAAGGAAUUUGAAAUCAGAGGGGAGAUCUUAAAGCCACAGCGCUUAGGUAUCUGGUCAUCCGCCUUUGUGGAUGGUCUCAAAUGUCCCCCAUGGGUCUCGCCCCCGCGCUGGACAGGUACAGUCGAAUUCGACUGUAUCUCUAAUGGAACAGAUACUGGCAAGUUGAUCUUCAAAGACAUCGAUUUCACCGAUAGCGACGACGACUCAAUGCUUGAUGAUCGUUCCAGCGGUAUUGGUCGAAUUGUGUUGCGCUUGAAGAGAGGGAAGUUCAUCAAGGUAAAGACGGUCAGGAAAGCAAGGUCCGACUCGGAGUCAGUUAGGAGAGCAAAAUUGACCAGGAAUGCAAAGUUGACUGGGCUGGCGAGAUCUAAAAAUGUCGAUGGUCACACUCUUCAUGUGCACGAAGGCAAGGUGCACGAACGCUCGAAGAAGGGUCGUGAUCAUCGAGUUGGUUUGGGAAGAAGAGUACCGGACCAAGAAGAACAGACAACAUACGAAACUGUUUGGAACGACGAGCCUGCAACCGUGUUCAUAUUCAACUUUACCUCUUUGGACAACCUGCAAGCAAUGGACAUAGCGCCACGAAUGUCAAAUCUGCCUAUCCCGGUUGAUGGGGAUAGUGACAAUAUUUCGAUCGACACGCGCAUCAAGGAGUUAGAAUUGGAGCUCUACCUCUUACAUGUUAAACAAACGACUGGCUCUACAGACCAAAGGCCCUCAACUAUCAAGUCGGAACAGUAAACCCAUUUUUCCAGUAGAAUCUUUUCCAUCACGCUACGUGGAAAAAUAACUAGUGAGCUUAAUCUUGCAUCCCUGUAGGAAGUGCCACUCGAUGUAAUCCCCUUUGUACUACUUCUCGCAAAUUCAGCUGU